AUGGCUGCGCAUCUACCCACUAUCAACUUCAACCCCUUAGCCCCCGUCACGCCUCCCCCCGAGCAUCUAUCAUUCCGAAAACCCGGUAUUCCCCUCUCUGCUCAAUUAAAACGCAAGGCCGCCGAGGCCAACCUUGACGAUGCUCCGAUGAGGAAGGAGAUGAAGAAGGAAGAAUCACCAUCGACUUCCCAACCCACGGCUCAAGCGAAGCCUACUUCGAUUCCGACCGCAACUUUAGACCCGAACCAGCCGCCGAUGGACCCGAGAUAUGUGGCCAUGGUAUCACGUAUCGCCGCUUACUAUCAGCAAAGGUGCCAGGCUAUCUCCAACGCACAACAGCAAAGAUGUCAGGCUUGGGCCAAUAUGCACAGGCAAAAAUGCCAAGAGAUGAUGCAGGCGGCCAUGUUGGUGGUGGCUUGGUACAUCCGCGACCGUAUCCAACGGAGACGCCGGAAGCAAAAGCGGCAAUUUCGGUCGGGGUUAAGAGCACAGAGUACUCGGUCCCGCGUCGCUAAAGGCGAGGGUGUCCGGCGCUGGGUCAUGAAUGUCCCCGAGGGUUUGCCAUCGCCGCACAUCCCGGCGCUGGAAGACCUCGCUGACCAAGACGAGGCCCACUUCUCCAUGGACAGGGAAGUGCCACCAGACAAAGACAGCAAACUGUUUGAAAUGGCCGACGGCAUGAUCAGGAGUCAGUACCGCAAAAUCGAGGUGCCCAUUCUUGGCGUUCUUAGCUUCGAAGAGAGCGAGAGCGAGAGUGAGAGCGAGGCCGACGACGACUUUGACCAACCCCUGGAAGAUGAGCUCGAAGAAGGCGAGGUAGAAGACUACGAUGAUGACGAAGACGACCUAGAAUUGUACGAAGACGAAGAGGAAGAGGCUGGCUCUGAGGUUGUUCACAAAGGCACAGGAACCGGCACUGGAAGUCGGGCUAAGGAUUCUGGUUUGUCAUCUUGA